UUAACACCAGUUAUUUGUGAAUCGUAUUCGCGGCACGGUUAGACUCGGUUGUAAAAAAUGUUAAACGUUCAUAGUGCUGGCAAGGUUCCAUAUCAAGAGGCAUUUCCUUUAAAAUCCAAAACUCAUUAUGAAAAAAUACAAUUGAUUGUUUUAGUUAUUUUUGAUAUAGUGAAAGUUAUUUUAAUAGUUCUAGUCAAAAUCUUUGUCUUACCAAUAAGUGUGUGGUUUAGACGUGGACCAAAAUCAAUAAGUGGAAAAAAUGCUCUAAUAACGGGAGGGGCUAAUGGAAUUGGAAAAGCUAUUGCAUUGGAAUUAGCACAAUGUGGAUGUAAUAUUAUAAUAGCGGAUAUUGAUAAAGCUGCAUCAGAGAGAACUUUGGAAUUGUUACAGAAAUUUAAUGUUAAAUCAUUAAGUUAUUCGAUUGAUGUUUCCGAUUCUGAAAAAGUUGAAGACUUAAAAGAAUAUGUUGAAAAAUCAAUAGGGUCAGUUGAUAUUUUAGUCAAUAAUGCUGGUCUUAUGCCACUGGCUUCCUUAAGAGAAGGAAAUUCCAUUGAUAUAAAACGAAUUGUUGAUGUCAAUUUAAAUUCAAACUUUUGGACAAUACGAACAUUUCUUCCAAGAAUGUUGAAAAGAAAAACUGGACAUAUUGUUCAAAUAGCAUCAAUGUCAGCUCUUCAUCCUAUUCCUGGUGCUAUUGUAUAUACAGCGACGAAAUAUGCAGUAACAGGACUUAUGUUGGGUCUGGAAGAAGAAUUACGUCAAGAAAAUCAUGAAAAUGGAAUUGAUUUCACUACAGUUUAUCCUUAUUUUGUUUCGACACGAUUAGAUCUAAUGAACAUACUCAAUUUAAGAUUUCCAGCUAUAUCGGCCCAAGUCACUGCCAAGGAAACAGUCAAAGGAAUCAUUAAUCGAAAGAGACGUGUAGUCAUACCAUACUGUGAUGCUUUUCUUUCUGGAUUUUUUCGCAAUUUACCCUAUUAUGUUCAAUGUCUUGUCAGAGAUUUCAUUCUAAGAGAACCCGAAUCAAGGAUAAUCAAAGAUCCCUUCGUUUAUGUUUCUUAAAAUCACACACACCAAUAACAAAAAGGGUUAUACGCAUAAAAUCUAAGUAUAAUGGAAAUUGCCAGGACUAAUUAAAUUGCUCAUUAAUCACAGA